AUAGAAAUGUGAAGUAUGUGGAAUAUCUUGACUAAAUCCUCAUGUGGACAAGAUGAUAAUAGUCACGGAAGCCAGCCAUCAUGUUGUGAAGACAUUCAAGUCCUCAUGGAAAGUCCACAUGGGAAGUACUGACUUCCUGCCAGUAGUCAAUACCAGCUUGCCAGCUUUUGAGUGAGUUAUUUAAAUUGAUCAACGUGACCAGCCUGCUUUCUGUAAGAAAAGAAUCAGCCAAAGGAGGUGAUUUAAGAUCCACUGCAGGUGUGUGAGCGGCACUGCUUCUGCCACAGGAGCCUAGACUCCACAUCUUUGGAAAAGAAUGGCCACUUCACGGGGGGUAGCCUUUUUCAUGCUGGUGGCAUCCUGUGUUUGCACCACUGUCUUCUACAGAGACCAGCAGACUUGGUUUGAAGGUGUCUUCCUGUCUUCUAUGUGUCCUGUCAAUGUCAGUGACAGCACCUUAUAUGGAAUUAUGUUUGAUGCAGGGAGUACUGGCACGCGAAUUCAUGUUUACACAUUUGUGCAGAAAAUACCAGGACAGCUUCCAAUUCUGGAGGGGGAAAUUUUUGAUUAUGUGAAGCCAGGACUUUCUGCAUUUGUAGAUCAACCUAAGCAGGGUGCUGCGACUGUUCAAGAACUCUUGGAGGUGGCCAAAGAUUCAAUCCCCCAAAGUCAUUGGAAAAGGACCCCAGUGGUUCUGAAGGCAACAGCAGGACUGCGCUUACUGCCAGAACAGAAAGCCCAGGCUCUACUUUUUGAGGUAAAACAGAUCUUCAUGAAGUCACCUUUCCUGGUACCGGAUGACAGUGUUAGCAUCAUGGAUGGAUCCUAUGAAGGCAUAUUAGCUUGGAUUACUGUGAAUUUUCUGACAGGUCAGCUACAUGGUCACAACCAGGAGACCGUGGGAACUCUGGACCUGGGGGGGGCCUCCACCCAAAUCACGUUCCUGCCUCAGUUUGAGAAAACUCUGGAACAAACCCCAAGCGACUACCUCACUUCCUUUGAGAUGUUUAACAGUACUUAUAAGCUCUACACACAUAGUUACUUGGGAUUUGGAUUGAAAGCUGCAAGACUAGCAACCCUGGGAGCCCUGGAGAUGGAAGGGAUUGAUGGACACACUUUCCGAAGUGCCUGCUUACCAAGAUGGUUGGAAGCAGAGUGGAUCUUUGGGGGUGUGAAAUACCAGUAUGGUGGCAACCAAAAAGGGGAGGCAGGCUUUGAGUCUUGCUAUGCUGAAGUGCUGAAGGUGGUCCAAGGCAAACUUCACCAGCCAGAGGAGAUCAAGAGGAGCUCCUUCUAUGCUUUCUCUUACUAUUAUGAUCGCGCUGUCGACACAGACUUGAUUGAUUAUGAAAAGGGGGGUGUUUUAAAAGUUGAAGAUUUUGAAAGAAAAGCAAGGGAAGUAUGUGAUAACUUGGAGAACUUCACCUCGGGCAGUCCUUUCCUGUGCAUGGACCUCAGUUACAUCACAGCCUUACUGAAAGAUGGCUUUGGCUUUGCAGACAGCACUGUCUUACAGCUUACAAAGAAAGUGAACAACAUAGAGACCGGCUGGGCCUUGGGGGCCACCUUUCACCUGCUGCAGUCUCUGGGCAUCUCCCUCUGAGGACUGCAUUUGCCAACUGCUUUUUUAAGGAGCGAGAACUCAAGUCAUGUUCUGUGCUCGUCUGGGGACAACCCAGACUGAAGCCCAGCAGCUGUCUUCAUUAGGCGGAAGCUUUUGCUUUGCCCUCAAAUCUAGAGAUCCAGAUUUAAUUUUACACAUUUAAUGUGAAUGUUACCUAGUAACUCUGUGUGCACAGCUUGUACCAGAGUCUAAAUCUUCGUAUUUUCUGUGUUCCUGUGUGUCAGAGAGCCAGAAGGAAUAGCUUUGGAACUUAACUUUAGACAGCCCAAGGGGGGGGGGGAGGUCCUGGCAACCAAAGAAAAUCUUUUCCACCCUUUGAGUGCCUCAUUGGAACGUCUUUCAUUUUCAUCUUACAUACUAAAGUUAGCUGAUUACAAUCCCAUAGCCUAUCUGUACUAGUAUUUUCCCUCCCUGCACACUACCCUGUUCCAUCUUUAUCUCUACCCAUCUCUCCUGAAAGAGGAAAAAAUCCAAACACCUGGUUUUUCCUUUCAUGUAUAAUUCAAGGGGAGCAAAUUGUAUGAACCUAGUUUGUACUAAGACCAGGCAGCGAGUCAUCCUAAACUUUAGCAGGCUGGAGAGCCUCUCCUGACUCUGAGAUGGCAACCAUCCAGUCUGGCGGGCUUUAGGAAGGGUGUGGCUCCCUGUGCGAGCACAGCUUUGUCCAUCAGCCUGGGACUAGCGCACACAGCCACACAUCCAGCCUCAGGAAUGUGUGCUCAGUACCAGAACCACCUCGUGGCUAGUGUCUAUAGAAACUUUUGUCACCCUAAACUUGUUUUCUUUGUAUUCCUUAGAAAAAUACAGCUGGACUGUGGCUUUUGGUCUCUUGCAGCUUGUAGCUUGAUCUGUCAGCUUGCCCCUUUAUUUGUAGCACUAGCUUUCCUGCCUUAGCCCCUGCUUGUCUUAAACAGCCGCCUCUAUUUGU